AACUCAGAAUCCUCUCAAUUGCAUCCAGCUCAGCUCUCAUCGCCUCUCAACAUGUCCUACAGCACCUGCUCUGCCAACUUCUCCUCCUGCUCCCGUAGGCGCUGCCUGCCCUUCUCAGUUUCCUCCUGUGGUCCUUCCUACCCCAGCAACCUGGUCUACACCACCACCAGCUGCUCUCCCAGCUCCUGCCAGCUGGGAUCCUCUCUCAGCAGUGGCUGUCAGGAGACCUGCAUUGAGCCCAUUAGAUGCCAGAAGUCCUAUGUGGUGUCCAGCCCCUGCCAGACACCAAGCUUUUACUCCAGGAGAUUCACAACUUGCCGUCCCUGCCAGGGGACAUAUCUUGGGCCUCUGGACUUUGGAUUCAGAAGCUGCCCUUCCCUGGACUAUGGAUCUAGAAGCUUCUACUCAGUUGGGUGUGGCCCCAGUGGCUUCAGAUCUCUGAAUUGUGGAGUUUCUGGCUUCCCUUCCCUGUGGUAUGGGCCCAGAUUCUACUAUCCUGCAUACUUGGCUUCUAAUAAAUUCCAACCUUCUUGUUAUAGAUCAGUCUGUGUCACUGACUUCUAG